AUGGAUUUUGAUGGCAGUCAAAAAGGUGCUGGGUGGCGCUGGCCGCUCAUCCUUUCUGUUAUAUUCUUGAAUAUUUGUUUGCCAGCUUUAGUGUUAUCAUAUGGAGUUCUGUGGGUGCACAGUUUAUCAAAUUUUGAAGCACCGCUAUGGCUUGGUUUUCUUACUCCUUCUAUCCUCAUGGUCACUUAUAAUCUAACACAAUGCUGGUUCAGAGAAGCUGCAGACUCGUGGGGCGGAUCGGUAGGCUAUCGAGUAUUGGCAUCUAUUGGCCUCUUGUUUGUGAUCGGAGGCCUAAUUUUGUGUGCUUUUAUACCAUAUUAUCUUCAAGCCGUCGUCUAUGGUGUCCUUUGUGGAUUGGGUUCAUCCCUUAUAUCAGCACAAGUUGACGCAGUUAUAUUUGAAACUUACGACUCCCAUAUCAUAAUUGUGAGGGGCUCGGGCUUCUUGGGACAGGCUGUUGGAUUGUCAAUAUUUCCUCAUAUUCUGACAGCCCUGAUCGAUACAUACGGUUACGGUCACGCAUAUGUUGUGCUCGCGGGUAUAAUGCUUCAAUCACUCGUAGCUAUUAUGUUUUUACAUAUAGACGAGAACGUAAGACGACCAGCCACAUUCUCUAGGUAUAAAGAUUUAUCUCAAGCAUACAUAGUAUACAAAAAUGAAGCGAUGGACCAUUUCUACGGCACAGAACUUCAAUUGCAUCACAAAAAUAAUAAAUCUUGGAAGAAUCCCUCUGAUGAUAAUGUGCGUUUCGACGUCGAAUUAAAUGAUGACGAUGGAUUUAUUUUGGAAACUAUAACACCUCCUCCUAGCCCUGAGGAGAAGCGGCGGAAUAUAUUUGGCAUUGAUAUAUUACCACAAAUACCUGAAGAAAGUGAGGAGAGCGAUACCGAAGAAAUUGUACCUGUUACGGAUAAUAAUAAGAAACGUCUCAGUGUAGCAAUUAAAAGACUGAGCACUUUAGGUGAUAGUAUAGACGGAUGUAUAACGCAUCAAGUUAGAAAAGAUUCACAACCAAAAGGAGAGACCAACGACAGCAAUGCAUCUACAGAAUUUUUUGAAGUUAAAUAUGACACAAUCACUCCCAUGACUGAUAUACAAACAGAAAAAUUAUUAAAUACGUUUAGCUUCAGGUGUCAAUCUGCGUAUAGAAGUGUGAAAAGAAAAUUGUGGAUUCCGUCAUACAGAAUGUACAGAAUCAAACGGAGGUUAACAUACCUAUUGUACAGCAUAAAUGAUACAUUUAUAAAACCAUUAACUAGAUCUCUGUCGUGUGCCAAAUUUUACCCAGCGUUGCUCCUUAGUUUCUCCAGAUUAAGUUUAUUGACAAUUUGUUUAGUUCUUUUGCCAAUGUUGGCGUCAGAAGUUCAACCGAAGAUUUCUAUUCUCGAAAUGAACUUUUUGAUGACGCUACACGGUUUUACAUGGAUUUGCUUUUUGUUGUGCACGCCGUGGCUUGCGCAAACCCCAAAACGAAAUUAUAAGUAUGUUACAAUAUUCGGCCUCCUCGUUUCUACAGCAUCCGCUUUUGUUUUGGCGGCCGAUAAUAACCACGAUUCAUAUUCCAUUGGAUGCGUCAUAGCAGGUUUUGGAUAUGGUGCAGUAACAUCUUGCUGGGAAGGGACUGUACAAGACUAUGUCGGUGCAAGAAAAUGGCCGAAAGUCCACAGUGCUUUGGAAACUCUAUCAGCGACCCUGUUAGCUGUAUUCGUGGCAGGCAUUUCUUUUGUCGUAGAAAAAGAAAAUGGACUUAAAUUGGUCAUGUUCAUUUUAGGUAUUACCUUGGCUGUGAUAACAAUUUUAUGGGUAGUUAUAGGAGCUGUGUCCAUAUAUUUAACAAAAGUGAAAUCCUUAAGACUGCAUAAAAAAUCCCUGUUUAGGAAGGAACAAGUUGAUUUGUGA